CAUGUGUCUGUUAUAAAAGCCCCAGAGACCUCUGCAGAAACAGCUGCAUUCUGCCAACACCACACAGAAGUUCGUCGGAGUUUGGAAAGUUUGUUUACUUGUUAUUUUCUUGAGUUUGACAACCUUUAUUUCUCUUUGCACAUCCCAGAGAAACAAACAUGAGUCACGUCGACGUUAAAAACCUGAAGCCUUCCACCUUUGAGGAGGAGAACUACGACGAAUAUGAAUAUUACAAUCUAUCCGAUAAAUACACAGAAGGCUCAGCCCGUAAAGGCAGGACAAAGAAGGAGGCCAGUGACAACACUAACAGACACAACCCUUCAGGACACGAGCGCAAAAUUGUGGAGAAGCUCCAAAACUCGGAGAAGAAAGCCAAGGAGUGAAUAUUGAAACUGACUUUUUUUUUCUGAUCCAGGACACUCGGACGGCUCUUCCCGGACACCGACCAUAAUGGCCUAGCGGCUACAGAGCAAGACGCAGAGACGGCAGGAAGCACACUUGAUGUUCACCUGACCGUGAAGAAAAAGAGGAGGAGCCUGCAGACGUUCCAGAUGUUCAUACUGCAGCUCCCCUCCCUGCAGGGUGUUGUAGAGCAUCCCGCCCCCACCCCCCCCAAGGUGGAGGGGCAGCUGGUCCAUGUGCUGACCACGAUGGUACACAUGUGAUGGUGGGGGUGACUUCUGUUGUUUUCAGUGGAUUCUUUUAAACAGUUUUUUGUGAUUAAAACUUUUCCUAAAUGA